UCGGGGGUGGGGAAGGGAGAGGGCAUAGGGCAUAAAUGCCAAGAGGAUUUUUCCUGCUGCUUUCCGGCUUCGUUAUGGUGUGCUCCCAAGUCCGGUGCGUUUGGGGUAGUUGGAGGCUGUUGAUUUGGUUUUUUCCUCCUGCCGCCUUUAAAACAGAGGUCCUUCAUUUAAAAAUUCCUGGUAUGAUAGGGAUCAAGAAGGAUCCUCUUGCUCGAAAGAUGCGCAUUCGUCUGUCGGUCCUUCCGGGCCUGAAACAAUGUCACCACGGACUCCCAAGAGUAGUUUUAACUUUCACCUUCUCCCCUACUGACGUCACGGCCUUGAGGAACAGUUCGAUCUGCAGAGGAGGAAAUGCCACUCGCUGGAGCCUGAGAAUGAGUUUGGGAGAGAGCAAGGGGUCAGCUCUGCCGGCUUCCGCGUGGAGUGAGACGCACGAGCACGCGUGUGGAUACACUCAAGUCUGUACACACACAGACCACGACAACAUUUUCCUCCGGAUCAACUCUGGAGCCACGUUAAUUAAGACUCUCAGCCGCGUGCACCUCUGGGUGGACAGAGAAGCGCAGCCUGGUUUGCUGUCCCCGCCCCCAAGCCCGCUAAAAUGGCCUUUUUUACGGGGUCAAAGUCACGGAUCCGGCCUAGACCAGGGCCAGGGACCCAGGCACAGUUCUGCAGCCAGGAAGAACCUCUGCCAUCCUGGCGCUUGACUUCUCAGCGCUCUCCUGCGAGGGGCCCUGCGCCUCGCGCUUUCCCUACAGGGUCUUAAGUCGCGCCACAUUCUUCGAGGCAAGUCCAAUUAUUCCACUUGACAGGUGAGAAAACAGACUCAGGUGAGAUGACUGGUCCCCCAUCUCACAAGCAGUACGGGAUAGAGGAAAAUUCGAACCCGGGGGUACCAGGGGAGACCCCUACCCAAGGCCCAAGUUGUACACAGUUUCAGGCGCGGCCUUAGGCUGGGUGCGGCGGACAGAUGGCCCUUCUCCUCACCUCUCGCCCUCACCCUCUGGGGCCUGCGGGACCUGCUGGAGCUCAGCCUCUCCCCUCGGGCCUUUGACUCCUCAGCGAGGGAGUGGGCCAGGGAGUCACCCGAAGGCGGGGGAGUGAGGGCACCCGAGCUGAGAGCCCUGCGGGAGCCCCAGACGCGAAGCCCCCGCGCCGGGCCGCAGCGCUCCUUUGGAUCAAGCCCGGGAGUCUGCAGGACGCGUGCGGGAGGGAGCGGCGACAGCCCAGUGUCGCCAGGCUUCCGGUCUCCACAGCCUUCUGGUUGGGUGCGUCGGAGCCCGGGACCAGUGCACUGAGAGUAAUGUUCAUUGCCCAACUAUUUGCUUCUAUUUUUAAGCACCUAAUGUGUACCACUACCCUGCUAAACGCUUGGCGUGGGUUGUGUUGCUUGGUACCCAGUCCUUGGGGAGGUGUGAUGUUCCACAUUUUAGAGACAAGUCCUCCGAGGUUCAGCGAGGCGACGUAACUUGUCCGGGGUCACUGUGCUGCAGAGCGUCGAGGAAGAUGGGAACUUAGAUCCCACUUCCACCCAGGCAUUUUCCUUCUCAUCUUCAUUUCCAGUCGGGUAGGAUCAGAUCUAGAGGCUUUCGAUCGGGGUUCGAUACCAUUCAAUUGAUAGAUCAUUCACGGAAACACGAGAGAAGGGGUCUUUCAUUAAUUUCAUUCAUGUUGAGCACCUAGUAAGUGCCAGACCCUGAGACCUGAAGAUGAAUCAACUGCGAUGGUCCCUUACAGAGCUCGUUGACCAACUAGGGAUACAGUCACCCACCAGUGACCUCACAGUGAGAAACAGGGUUGAGGUGGGAGAGGGGAAAGGAGGAUCAAGGGAGACUUCCUGAAGAAAGGGAUCCCUGAGGUGAGACCUUAAGUUUCCCAAGUGGAAACAUUAUUAUUGCUUGUUCUGAUAAAACAUUAUAAAACAUUUUAGACAGUUCAGCAAAGUAGAGUGGGAAUUUUUUUUCCUGUGUACGUACCUUCACAAAAAUCUGCUUUUUGUUACUUACAUUUUUACAUACAAACCUGAUAAACAUUUUUCAUAUUAAUCAAUAUAUCUACAUAACCUUUAAAAAUUGCUUACUAUUUCCAUGUAUGAAUGUACCUUUAUUUAGCCAAUUUUCCCUUGAGAGGUAUUUUGUUUGUUUCCAAUUUUUGCUACA